CCGGCCGCUAUAGUGCUGCGAGACCGAAAUUGGCGGUCCCCCCACAUAUAGAUAUACACACACACGUUAAUUUAUUUAUUUUUUUUGUUAAUUUAAUUAUCAUUGUGUCAGCAGUAAAUCCGAGCGUAUAUGCACAGAGGUCAAGCGGGCCCAUAUAGUAGGAUCCCGAUUUUUUAAGCGGUGAUGAUCCUUCUGAAUGGUGACAAUAAUUGGUGAGAGCGCGUCGAGUUUUAUCGAUAUAAUAUUUGGUUGAAGUAUUCUGUGGAAAAAGUGAGGAUUUUCGCGAUAAUUAUAUCGGGGCCCUCGUUAAGAUGUCCAGGUAUAUGGGGGAAAAUGGUGCGGUAAAGGGUAGUUUUUAAAGGACUCUUCUUACGGAUUCCUUUGUCUUUGCACUGGGACCUUAAGGGUGCGACUUAUGACGACUUACUUUUAUUAAACUGUAUAGUUGGUAAACUGGCCGGCAAUAUGUCGCCACCUGUACUGAAAAGACGCUUCCAGAAGGCAUGCGGGACGCCCCCAUGGCGCUGCUAAUGCGGCGUCUGCUUGUAGAUGCACAGUCUAAGCUUCGCAGAAUGGUAGAAGAACAUUCUUCAGCUCUCGCAGCCCGGAUCGACCCCGACUAUCCUACCUCUGCUCCCACCCCCCUGUCGAACCCGUCGAACGAGCAUAAGUUUCCAGAAAUAGCUGAUAACCUGCUACAACCCGUUCAACUCCAAAAAUGCGAAAUCAAAGAGAUCAAUAGCGGGGGUGAGGAGGUGAAAUUGAAAAAUGGCACCUCCAAGUCGAGCUCGAUUGAGUCUAGGAGGAGUAAGUCCUUGAAUAAUACCAGCUCGUUGGACUCGAACGAGGAAGUGAGUAAGAAGGAUAUUCAAAAGACCAGAUCAAACCCAGUGAAAUGCGAACUGUUGGAGACUGAAAAUAGAACAUUACUUAGGGACAAUAUGACAAUACGAGAGGGUGGCAGCCCUGUAAAGGACAGCAGAUCAUCCCUUGAAAAUGUGAGGUCCGACUCGCCGAAGCCGGGGUGUAGCAGCCAACCGGAUAUGGAUUCCUCUUCACCCAGAUCGAACCGGAGCUCGGACGGAGGCAACCCGGAUGACCUCUUGGCUUUGCUUCCCUCGCCAUCAAACUUCCCAAAAUCUAACUCGGUUAUUCGUAGGCUGAGGCAAGAGAACGACAGGUUACAAGCAGAAGUGACACGCCUGCGCAGACUAGUAGUUUCCGGGGCCACCGGCAUGUUAAACGAAAAACAACCACCCUCGGAAGACGGGAGUGAGAAUCCGGAGGCCCACUCCCUCGAAAUGGAACUUCUGCUAGCCAAAGAGGCCCUCACUACCUUAAAGGCCGACAAACGCCGAUUGAAAGCUGAAAAGUUCGAUCUACUCAACCAAAUGAAACAGCUCUUCUCCACAUUGGAAGACAAAGAGAAGGAACUGAGGGAUUUUAUCAGAACUUAUGGACAACGGGUGAGGGAUGAAACGUCACUACAACAGCUAUCAACAGAGAGGGAAGAGAGAGAACGGGAGCGCUGGAGUUUGUUGCGGCACGCCAGAGACGAAGCGGAGCGCAGCUUAUCCCUUGCUGCUCAGCUAAACGCCAAGGAGCUACAGCUGCAGCAGGCUCAAGAGCAGCUAGCUGAGGCUAGAAGACAGUUAGCAGGAGGAGGCUGCCUUUCCGACCAAGAAUCGUUGGCCUCUCUACCAAGACACAGCAUCAAUGGAGGUGCCCUCACUCCCAGCUCGGGAGGCUUACUCUCCGGUCACCUGGGACUACUGCCAGGUGAUCGGGGCAGCUGUAGCGCUGAUUCCGGAGUGCGAGUCAGCUCGGAUCGGGAGAGCGGUGGUGCCACUUCUGUAGCGGGCAAUUUGUCGGAUUCGACUACAGAUGGGGCGCCCACGAUCACGGUCGAGGGGAGCGUCAGGGACGUGGAUUCGGUAUCGUUGAUGUCCGCGGUGCCUCCGCCUCCUCCGGCUCAUAUGUAUCAAUCAAAAGACUGCAGCCCGACACUGUCGCCGUUAAACGCCAACAACUUCCAGAGACCAGUAGAUCCCACUAGCUUAUCCAGAUCAGUAGAACAACUUAGCUCCCCGUUAGACCAAGAACCAAUUAACCUAGGAAAGCGUAGUAAGCAGCCCAAUAGGCUGUCGGGGCGUGGAGGGACUUGGGGGAGUAUCUCCAGGGUGUUUGCCAGGUCCCGGCAUAGGAAUAAGACCAACUCGUUACAAGAAACUAGUGAGCAUGGCUACGAACCAUAUCGCAGCUGGUCUCCCCUGACCGAAGAGGGCUACGCGGAGAAACUACGACUGCUCCGAGAGGCGAGCACCAUCCCCAUGGAGAGAUGGAGAGCCCCAACUGUCUUGGCGUGGCUCGAGGUGGCCCUCGGAAUGCCCCAGUAUGGUGCCAGGUGUGCCGAAAACAUCAAAAGUGGCAAGAUUGGUCGUUUGAACGGGCAGGUCCUUCUGGAAUUGAGCGAUCUGGAGCUAGAAUGCGGCCUGGGGAUCACUCAUCCGAUGCACCGGAAGAAGCUGAGGUUGGCUAUUGAAGAGCAUCGUCAUCCGGCACUGGUGCGCUAUCCUUGUAUCGCACAGCUUGGGCACACCUGGGUUUCGAGCGAGUGGCUACCCGACUUGGGAUUGUCUCAGUACUCGGAGAGUUUCGCGUCGAACAUGGUGGACGCCCGGAUGCUGGAGCACCUCAGCAAAAAAGAGCUCGAAAAGUACUUGGGGGUCACCAGGAAGUUCCAUCAGGCCUCCGUAGUACACGGCAUACACCUUUUGCGUAUCAUGAAGUACGAUAGACAAGCGUUAGCACUGAGGAGGCAUCAGUGCGAGAACAUGGACGCGGAUCCUUUGGUGUGGACCAAUCAGCGAUUCAUCAGGUGGGCGAGGAGUAUCGAUUUGGGCGAGUACGCUGACAAUUUAAAAGACAGCGGAGUGCACGGUGGUCUGGUGGUUUUGGAACCUUCGUUCAACGGAGACACCAUGGCCACCGCCCUCGGGAUUCCCGCGAGCAAGAACAUCAUAAGGCGCCAUCUGACGGCCGAACUGGAAGCGUUGGUGUUGCCAGCCAGAUCGACACUAGUGCACUAUGUGAGAGUGAGGUCCAAACAAAGAGUACCCGGAGGGUCCUUGGGACGCUCCUUUUCCAAGUCCUGUGGAGGCUUAACUGCACCCUCGCCUUCUUUGGGUCGGGAGGGAGCGCCAUCUGGAGCAUAUGACUCUAAGAGGACUAGCUUAAGGGGUUCUCUAACCCGGGCUCUUGGCCUAGUGAAACCAAAAACCAACAGUGACAGAGACAAAAUAUCGCCUACCUCCAGUUCCGAAGGCUCCUCGGUGGUAAGCCGGGUAAGCCCCCCACUCCAGUAUUUAGGAUCGAAACUACCUCCGAACACUAGAUCUCCCGGUGGAGGUGAGUCUCCGAUUUAUGCGCAGCCGUUCGCGCAUCAUCCCAAGAAUAUGUAUCAGAGACGGUCUGAGGAUUAUGACAUGUAUAUAUGCAGCUCAAUCGAUGAGUACGAUAUAACUAGAAGUGUGCAAAGUAUCCGGUCGGAGAAUGACACCUCGAAGCUUACCGGGGAGUCGAAGAAUUGCUUCAUCGGAGGAAGUCUGCAAAGGAGUAAAAAGGAGCAUAGGAGGGUGAAGAGUAUAAGCGAUAUUGACGCUAUUCACAUUGACGGGGUGAAAAUUUAAAAGUUGGUAUUAGACACUGCCACCAAAGAGUCGCAAUAAGGCAUGUAAAUCUAGUCAUAAAGAAUGCCUUUUAUAUGUAGUACUAUAGUAAUGAUAGUCAUAUGAUACAUUAAAUUAGCCGUAAGCCUUAUAUUUGUAUUACUAUAUCGAUUUAAAACUAGAAUUACGAAUAAACACCGUUUAAGUAUGAAAUUAUUGUUGAAAAUGUGAUAUUUGUGAACCUGUCGUUACCUCUUUAAUUUAUGUAAUGUUCUUUUUUUGUAAUAUAUUGUGGCUGUCACCAAA